CUUUAUUAUUUUUUCUCACAUCCAAAAAAUGAUUAUAAGGAAAUGGAUUUAGGGAAUCUAAUGAAAAUGUUACAAGUACAAUAUGCCUUUGGAGUUUGGACAAAUAUGUAAAAAGAGUUGUACCUUAUGCAUCAGUUGUUGUACACAGUCUUACAAUUAAAUUAACAGAACAACCGACAAAUAAAGCCGAACCCUUCAAUAUAAUAGUCGUCCCCGCGACCCAAAUCUCUCCUCCCCAUCCACGAAGAAAACAACCCAUCAUCUUCUCCCCUUCCCCGUCGGGACUGCAAUCAAGAUAAGGACUUUUCCUACUGAUUUUCUUCUUCUCUUAUAUAAAUUUCCUUCAAUUUUUUUUUUAAUUUCUUUUGUAAUACGAAAGAUUCAUUGCAAGAAAAAAAAAAUUCCCAAUUCCAAUCCGACCCACAUGCCAAUAAUCGAAGAAAUUGAAGAGAUCUCAGAUACUCAUCCUCCUCCCCACCACCACCACCACCACCACCACCGGCGGCAACGCGGCGGCAGUCAUGCAGACACCCGAGAAAACCACCAAUCGGUUCCAAUUGGGAAGCCCUUUACGUAUUCAGGUCCAAGGAAGAUUCUUUUUGUCCUGCUUAAAUGGAUCAUUAUGACCUUCGUUCUUGCCCUGUUCCUCAUCUUCAUUGGCUUCGCUGCCCUUGUGGUCAUUCACUUUUUCCUCACUAACACCGCCGUUCAACACCACCGUCGCCGUCGCGGCCGCGGCCGUGGCCAGGCGUCGCCCCAGAGUUUAAUCGCUCUGGGUCCCGUUCACGACUUGUUACCUUUUGUCGGCUAUUCCGCCGCGGAUCAAACCGCGAGGGAUUGUGCGAUUUGUUUGGAGGGUUUCAAGGAAGGAGAUCCUUGCAGGAAAUUGCCCGAUUGUGGCCACUUGUUUCAUGUCCAUUGUGUGGAUUUCUGGCUCACCAAGAAGCCCAAUUGCCCCGUUUGUCGAACCCGGGUUCAGCUGGAUUGUGGCUCAUCCGGGUCAUUGCAUAAUAGCGAUGAUGAAUGGAAGUUUUGGUGGCCGGUUGGAGCUUGAAGAUGACAGUGCUACCAAAUGAUGGAUUGAGUAGUAGGCAAGGGGGGCUUUCUUUAAUGAGUGUAUGAGGUGCAUAAGGCUUAGAGAUUACAAAGAUUGUCAGGAACAUUUCUGGACCUGUUAUUACCCAACUUAUCUUGUCAAAAAGCUUUCACUGCUCCUUGGAUGGGAGCUUGAAAGAGAAUGAACUCCUUUUUUGUUGGGAAAGUUAUGCUUUACUUGUGCGCUGGCUGUAGUAUUUCUUUCUCUGUAUACAUGCACAAUUCCAUCCAACCUUAGGACUCGUAUAAGCAUUGCACGGGGGUGCUUCCCGCGAUGUAGCUAAAGCAAUGUAUCUUUAUCUUCUGCUCAAACAACUGUCUGAUGAAGCAAGUAGGUGAGGUUUAAAACAGUGAAAUCAUUUUUAGCUUUGAAGAGAGCUAGCAGUGGAGUUAUUGAUCUGUUGUGCUGCUAUAUUUGGUGACACUGCAGAAGUCUGCAACUGUCAUGAGCACUGCGAUGGCCAUGUCCCUAACAUGAUUCUCACCUCUUUUUCUAUCUUCCCUGCUUUUUGUGAUUUUCAACUUUCCUGAAUCUUAGCAGAUGCUCCGACUUCAGUGCAAUCCUCUUACAUUUUUCACACUGCUCAUCCCAUCACAACAUCAGUAUGGCGGAACAUUGAUCAAUCCAGCUAGGUUUGAAUGAGUCCAUAGCCUCAUAGCCGAGUUUAGCUAUACCAAGUCCAUUGUUACCUUUAAUUUUAGUUUCACAAAAUGAAUUAUUAAUGUGAGGCGAGUACUAUACAUCAAUAGGAUAUGUUAUAUAGGGCAAAAUUGCAAGAUCAACUAAGGUUCUCCCCUUCCAAAAAAAAAAAACUAAAGGUUCUAAGCUCUAACCCAGGUGGUGUAAAGGGACUUGAUGAAAGAAAGGGGAAGCUGUUUCAACUUCAAAGCAAACCAAGUUUUACUUAAAUUGAUUCACUGUGUAACACAACUGUCUCAACCGUGGGUAGUACUGCAUCCAUUCUUGAUGGAACUGGCUUCUCGUCAAAUUUAGUUGUAGAAACUUUUAC